UCUGGAUACUACCGGGCCAGUACUGUUACAGCUUUUUUGUCAUUCGGUAAAUGGCAUCAUUUAGGGCAAACUAUUUGAUAGCGUCAUAGCGUACUGACUGCGACAGAAAAUCGAAAACACCGAAGACCUUCUUGUGUGUCGGCUGAACAACGCUUCUGGAAUUAUCUGAUUACUCAGAAAAUGAGUAUCGGGGUGAGCUGGUGAAUCAACGCUGGACACGAGGAGACAAGAUCAGCCGCUGCCAGCCCUCUCUCAGACCACAGAAUCGUGCACUCAAAAUGAGUUUGGACAUUGACGAUAAGCGUGCAUGCACACGGUCCAAGGGAGGAAGAACUCCCACCGAGAUUAUAGUUCCAGAGCUGAGCUGCCCCACUCCAGGAUGCAAUGGUUCUGGUCAUAUCAGUGGCAGAUAUGCACGACACAGAAGUACAAUGAGUUGCCCCAUAGCCAGAAAGAGGAGGCUACAGGAGGAGUCAGAGCAGAAUCACUCACCCUCCAAGAGGAAGUGCCACCCACUGAAGUUGGCAUUAGAUGGAUGCUUUAAUGCAGAGAGUGAUGGAAGCAGCGAGGAGAUGGAGGUGAAGGAAGAGGACGAGGAAGAAGAGAGUGAAUCUCAUCAGCAGUAUGGCAAUGAAGAACACCCAGAGGAAGAAGAAAAGGAACCUAGGAGCAGCAGCUCCAAUAAGGGAGAAACAGAGGAGUGCAUGGUCAUUGAGGCAUCCUGCACAAAGAAGGCUAAAUCUGAAGAAACUGAUCUUUCCAAUUAUGAGCAUAUAGUAGCCAACUCUCUACUGCACCUCAGCAGUCACAAUAACUAUACCACAUCUCUACAACAACAACAUUCUGUAGCCAUAGAGGUAAAGGGGGAUAGUUCAACCAGAACAGAAGAGGAGGAAAACAAUGAGGGAACCAAAGAUGAAAAAAAAGAUGAAAGCCAGACAACAGCUCAGACACCCACAAUGAAUAGAACAAAUGAGAAAGCAGAGAAUGAGAUUGUGAAGGAGGAACAGAAUGGAAGGCAGGAAGAGUCAGACCACCAGUAUUUCACAGAAGAGAUCAGUAAACAUUUUUCAGAGAAUGACAAUAAACCACAUGUAGAGAAAACCUGCAGGGAGGAGUAUGACAAAGAAGAAAAUGUGAAAGAUCACAAGUUAGAGCAGUAUUACCUCUCUGACCCAUCUGUGAAUGAUGCAACUCAGGGCUCCCAAAAAGAGGACUACAUUACCCACAAACCCCCUUCACCACAGAGCUGCUUGUCCAACCCCAUGAUUAUUGAGGUGCGGUCUGAGGAAUCAGAGAAGGAUGAUGAAAAUGAGGAUGAAGAGGACGAGCAAUCAAUGAUGGCUGAUGAGUCAGAGAUGUAUGACAUGAUGCGGGGAAACCUGAGGCUUUUAGAGCAGGCUAUUGCUCUCAAAGCCCAGCAGGUCAAAGGGAACAGAGAGUUCAUGCCCAUCUCUGAACAUCAUCGCUAUUUCCCUUUAGAUGAUCGCCCCACGAAGCACAUGGACCUGCUUCGCAAGAGUUACUUUUGCAAAGAAAGUUCCAGGUCAGAGAAAAGAGAGGUUAAAUGCCCUACCCCAGGCUGUGAUGGCACAGGUCAUGUGACUGGACUGUACCCUCAUCACCGCAGUUUGUCUGGCUGUCCUCACAAAGACAGGAUCCCCCCAGAGAUCCUAGCCAUGCAUGAGAAUGUGCUGAAGUGCCCUACGCCUGGUUGCACAGGACAGGGCCAUGUCAACAGUAACCGCAACACGCACCGCAGUUUAUCUGGAUGUCCAAUCGCUGCUGCUGAGAAGCUAUCCAAGACCCAUGACAAGCAGACGCUAUUGCAGCCAAUGACAGAGCAACCCAAAGUCAGCCCAAACCCAGAGAGAGCACUCAGACCCAUGUGUUUUGUGAAGCAGCUUGAGAUGCCACAGUGUGGCAGCUAUAGAACUACCAGCAUGGUUUCCAACACACCCCGUGCUAACCUGGCUAAAGAGUUGGAGAAGUACUCUAAGGUCUCCUUUGAUUAUGCAAGCUUUGAUGUCCAGGUGUUUGGCAAACGUAUGCUCACCCCACAGAUGCUCACCAGUGAAACCUCACCCAAAACUUUCAAAUCCAAACCUCCAUUACCCAGGACCUCACCCCCUAGUCCUAGCAUACAAAGCACCUAUGGAAAGAGCUCAUGUGGACCCCAUGAUUACUCCCAUGAUGCUGAAGCUGCACACAUGGCUGCAACAGCCAUUCUAAACCUUUCUACUCGGUGCUGGGAAAAGCCUGAGAACCUCAGCACCAAACACCAGGAUAAGAACAUGGAGAUCGAGGUGGAUGAGAAUGGCACUCUAGAUUUAAGUAUGAAGAAGCCCAUUAAGAAAGAGGGAAGUCCACUUAACACAAGCCCAGGCAUGCGAUCCCCUGCACUCUCUUCAUCAUCCUCAUCAUCCGGGCACCAUGGCAACACUACCAUAUCACCCCACUUACAGGCCUACAAGCAGGAGUGGGAGGGACCUCUAGAUUAUACCAAACCUAAUCGGCAAAGGGAGGAGGAGCCAGAUGAGAUGGAUCAUACAGCCCAGUCCUUUGUUUCCUCUGAUGCUGAGGACUGUGACAUGGCACAGGAGAGCAAAGAGGGCAGGAAGUAUCCUGGUGAGGUCACAACCCCCGGCUUCAAAGUCAAGUUCCAGCCCAGGGAGUGCAAGAAAGAGCUCCUUAUGUGUCCCACUCCUGGCUGUGAUGGCAGUGGCCACAUCACUGGAAACUAUGCAUCCCAUCGAAGUCUGUCUGGGUGCCCUCUUGCUGAUAAGAGUCUCCGCUCCCUCAUGGCAGCACAUGCACCUGAACUCAAGUGCCCAACCCCAGGAUGUGAUGGUUCUGGGCACAUCACUGGUAACUACGCCUCACAUCGAAGUUUGUCUGGGUGUCCUCGUGCCAAGAAAGGUGGAAUCAAAACAACACCUACCAAGGAAGACAAAGAAGACUCCGAACUCUUAAAGUGCCCAGUACCAGGCUGUGACAGUCUGGGUCAUAUUAGUGGGAAGUAUGCCACCCACCGCAGUGCAUAUGGGUGCCCACUGGCUGCACGGCGCCAGAAGGAAGGCAUGCUGAAUGGCUCCCCUUUCUCCUGGAAGGCCUUCAAAACGGAGGGGCCCACCUGCCCUACACCAGGCUGUGAUGGAUCAGGCCAUGCCAAUGGCAGCUUCCUUACUCAUCGCAGUCUCUCCGGCUGUCCCAGAGCCUCGCUGGCUAAAAAGAAAGCAAAGUUUACUGGGGAGGACUACAUAAACACCAAGUUCAAGGCCAGCGACGUUCUAGAUAAUGAUGAAGACAUUAAGCAACUCAAUAAAGAAAUCAGUGACCUCAGUGAGUCCAACAACGAAAUGGAAGCAGAUAUGGUCAACCUCCAAACACAGAUCUCAUCAAUGGAGAGGAACCUGAAAAACAUUGAGCAGGAAAAUAAGAUAAUUGAGGAGCAGAAUGAAGCACUGUUCAUGGAGCUGUCAGGACUCAGUCAAGCGCUGAUACGUAGCCUGGCCAAUAUCCGUCUGCCCCAUAUGCAGGAACCAAUCACAGAGCAGAAUUUUGAAAACUAUGUGAGUACUCUGACUGACAUGUACACCAAUAAAGACUGCUACCAGAACCCCGAGAACAAGGCCCUGCUGGAGACCAUCAACCAGGCAGUGAAAGGCAUUAAGGUGUGACCUGAGGCAUCGUCCGGUAGAGGCAUAAAAGAGAAAUGUGUGUAGAAGCAAAGAAAAUACAUGCAAAUGGUUCACACAAAAUGGGCAUUCAGGUGUUUUUGAAUUAUUACAGCCUUCAACCCAGGGAGCAUUCUGUGAAAAGAAAAAAGAAAUAUGUAUAUAAUAUUUAUGUUCCAAAAUCCACAAGCGCUGCAGGAUUAGAAGCAAAGGAUGAAAAGACCACAACCAAAUCCUUUUUGUUUGACCAGAGGGGGAAAAAAGAGAAGCUUGUAUUUGCCUAUUUUUGCCUAUUAAAGGUGUGUUUUGCAUGUCUUUGAGAGUGAAGCUGAGGAUAAAGAAAAGAAGGUGCACUUCAGCAUUAACAAGAGCCAAACAAUUUGGAUGAAAUUGUCUUUGUAUUGUGUAUGAGGGACUACUGGCCCUUUAUCACAGCAGAUGCAGCACUUCCUGUAGUGAAUCACCACAGCUUCAGGUCAUUGAGGCCCAUUGUACCUGUUCUAGACAAGCUCAUGUGCACAUUCUACUUAAAGAGAGAACACACUGUGGGCCUUUAAGCUGUGUGUUAUUCAUAUCAGAUACCAUCUGGUUAACACUACAGUGUAACCGUUAAACAACAUGCCUCCAAAAUUCAGCCGUUAUAUUUAUAAAUAUAUAUUUUAUUAUUAGUUCUAGAUAAACAUUUAUGUUUUAAUACUUUAAAUACCUGUAGAUUGCAGAAACAGUAGUUCAUUCUCAUUCAUUUGCAUUAUUUAUUGAUAGAGUAAUAUAAUGUAUUGCUACUUAGUUAAAUCCAGUUGUAUCUGUUAUAUUUAUCAACAAUGAAUUGCACUUCGUUUCAAUUAACAGCUUAUAUUUAGGUUUCAUUAUCAAUGUUUUAUAAAUUAUUAAGACAUUAAUUUGUUAUGUACACUUCCCUUAAUAUAUGUAACAUUAAUUUAUUUAUGUAUUUAUGUUUUUUUAUUGUUUAGUUUUUUAUUUAUUUAAACAUGCAUCCUGCAUUGAAAAUACUACUAUGAAACAAUGCAGCAUACCCCUUCCAUCUUCAAAUGAACACGGAUAUAAGAAAAUAAGAAAAACUUUUACAACUAUUUUCCUUUUUUUAUACCUAAUUUUCUUUUGACAAUAGAUUUUUAAAACUUUUUUAAGUGAAAAUAUUUUGAACUGACAAGGUUUUUUAUAAUUAAAUAAGGCUGUCAUUUUCUUUUCCAUUAUAGAUAUUUUUUUCAAA